AUGGAUUCAGGCGGGUAUUCGCAGCCUACUCAACCGACGCAGACCGUCGUCGACGCUGAGCGACUGGGCCAGCAAACCUCAGGUUUCUCCGACGAAGACGUCUCCGACAUAAUAUGCCUCCUCCUACCCUACUCAGACUCAGCGCGCGAGGAGGUGCGGCGGCUCGCGGCCGCGUCUUCGCCACACACCGUCGGGCGGGAAGACGUCGACGGGCUCAGGGUGGAUUACACGCGGGAGGACGACGUGCGCAACUUUGGCGGCGUCCAGUCGGACGUCGGGGAGCACCAUAUCGCGCUGCGGUUCUCAUCGCAGGUUAAAGACCCGUCGCAAGGGUUCACGUUUGGGCGGCACCCGAACUGCUGCGACGUCUGCCUGCAGAACGAUCCCCACCGACGGCUGAGCAAGAUACACUUCCGCAUCUACGUCAACGAGUGGACCGUGCUGAUGCUGGAGGACAAGUCGACGAACGGCACCGUGGUCGAUGAGGUCCUGCUCAAGAAGAAUGGUGACCCGAGGGCCGAGACUAUGCGCUCGCUCGAGAGCGGGUCCAAGAUCAAGAUUUUGAUGCACCAGCCGGGACGGGACAUUGUAUUUCUGGUUCGCAUUCCGAUUCGUGAGGGCCCGGCUGAAGAGGCGUACAAGCGCAACCUGGAUGCGUAUCUGGCGGAACAGACGCAGCCUGUGUACGAUGCGAACGAAACGAUUGUGCCAGGGCCAGGAGGUCAUGUUGACAUUUUCAACCCACCACCACCGCCCGCCGGAAAUGGCAACAAUGCCAGAGUCAACGCUCGUCGAACGCAGGUUGUCCCAAGGCAAGGGAACCGCGCAGACGGGUUACCUCGGCCAUGGAACGGCUCGAACAAGUACCACCGUGUGUGCGAGAUCGGCAGGGGCGCUUUCGCGACGGUACACAAAGUGACACUGCGGCUUAGUGGCCAGCCGUUUGCGGCGAAGGAGCUCGACAAGCGCAAGUUCAUGAAGAACGGGGUGUUGGACCAAAAGGUGGAAAAUGAGAUGCGAAUUAUGCGCAGGAUUAAACAUCCAAAUAUUGUGGAAUACAUCGAACAUAUCGACUGGGAUGACAGGUUACUCAUUAUUAUUAUGGAAUUUGUGGGCGGGGGCGACCUGGGCCGGCUCAUCGCGGACAACGGCCCGCUGUCCGAGAGCGCGACGAAAACGAUGACGAGGGAGCUGCUCGACGCCGUUGGGUACCUACACGACAUGAACAUCACCCACCGCGACAUCAAGCCAGACAACAUCCUCGUCAGUUCCUUAGAGCCCUUCGUCGUAAAGCUCACCGACUUUGGGCUGUCCAAAAUGGUCGACAACGAACAAACCUUCCUCCGGACAUUUUGCGGCACACUGCUGUAUUGUGCCCCCGAGGUGUACUCGGAAUACGCCGAGUAUGACGACCGCGGCCGCCGUCAUCCGCGGAAUCGCCGGCUACGGCAGACGACAGGGCAGCGGUACGACCACGCGGUUGACAUCUGGUCACUAGGUGGCGUGCUCUUCUACGCACUGACGAAGAAGCCGCCAUUCCCAGCCCGCAACGGAGCUGGCCACUCGGAGCUCCUCCACCAGAUCAUGACGAAGCCUUUGGGCAUCUCGCCCCUGUUGGACGCAGGGAUCUCAGAUGAAGGCAUUGACUUCCUACAGCGCAUGCUGAACCGGAAACCGGAGGACCGCGCGACAGUGGAGUCACUACAAAAUCACCCGUGGAUUUCUGGUUCCUUCACGACGGUUGCGCAGUCGUUUGAGGAGCUUGCCGACGAGGUGCUUCAUGUGAACGCUUCCCAACUGAGCCUCGACGACACGGAACGAAACCAGGAGGGGGGUCGAGAGCUGCGAGUGCCCAGCGAUGACGAGAUCUCGGACGAAGAGGAAGCGGAUGGGGUGGAGGAUGUGGACUUUGACGCCAACGGGAUACAGGGCUAUGGGUACGAGUCCGAGAAGGAGAACUACACGUUCGGUCCAAACCACAACCAGCCGCGGCUCUUUGGCGAAGUCAACCCGUCGGCGCUGCGAAGCUCGGGUGCCAUCCCCUCCAACCGCCUCAACUUGCCGAUAUCCCCCGCGAGCUUUGCCUCGACAGGCACGACGGAGAUCCUAGGGACCGAGACGGAAAUCAAGGACAGCUUUGAGUCAGAGGACAGCCUCACCCCACGGCGCAAAUCCCAGCGAUCCCAAGCCGCGUCGGGGGGGCUGCGAAGCUCAAUUGUACUGUCCGUCGACCAGAGCAGGUCGGUCGACGAGCUGAACAACAUGACCUUUGACGUGGCAUCGCAGAGUCUGGGCGGGGCCGAGUCUAUCAUGGAAAAUCUCAACAUGAAAUCGCGGGCCGGCUCGCUUCUGCGCUCUCAUACGACGGGGGACCUGAACACGAGCAAGCGGAAACCGUCAGUGGACAGCAGCGAGGAGGAUGAUGCCCCGUUCCUUGAGGAGCGUCGGGGUCUUAAGCGGCUCCGGUCGGAAGCAUCUGCUGCGAACCUCGCCGUUCACAGGACCGCUGCUGCGGCUGCGACGCCGGCUGCGACUGCUGUGGUGGUGGAAGACGGAGAGUAUCAGCUGCUCGCGCAGAUGCCGUCGAUUCUCCGCGCACAGUCGGGACGGCAGAUCGAUAACCCCGUGCACAAGUCCACAUACUGGUCAGCCCAGGACAGGAGGACGUGGCACCUCAACUACCCGGAGAUGACGCAGCUGCAGCUGGAUGCGUUCAAGCAGGCCGCGCUGGGCCGGGGCGAGGAGUUCGGCCCCGGGAAGACACCGCUGUGGGAUCUAGCGAUGAAGUAUUUCCCCGCCGUCCACUGCGAACGGCCGGACGAUGCGUCCAAGGAGGGCGGCGGAAAACGCGGUCACGAGAACGGCGGUGUGGUCCCGUCGACGGCUGGGCCCGACGCAACUGUUCCGGCCACACCCCCAACCAUGGACGACUUCGCUCACCAGCAGCUCACCCCGACCGCCACCACCCUGCCGAAUCUCACAGACCCCGGGCGGCCGAUCGUGGCCUGUCUCCAGUCCACGCCCGGGUCCGCCAUCCCGGGCGUCUCCGUCAUGGUGACCGAGUCGAUGGUAUCUUGGGGCCGCGCGGUCGAGAACACACGGUCAUACUCGCCCAAGAGUGACCUGCGCGUGCCCAAAUUUGGCUUCCGCAUACUCCUCUGGAAGCCCAACUACGACCCGGCACGGAACUUCCGCCCCUGGAACCGAGCGCCCGAGUCCGACGAGGCGGCCUUCCACUUCUACAUCUCAACCAAAGCGACCGCCGGCAUCUACAUCAACGGCGUGCACCUGCCGUCGGACGACGCCAAGAACCCGACCAGCCCGUCAACCUACUGGAUGAAGCUCUUCGACGGCGACCGCGUGUCGGUCUGGCAAACUCCAGACAAGCGCGUCAUGUCGGAACUCAUCUUCCGCUGCGGCUGGGGCGGCAGUGCCCGGAUCCGGUCCCACACCCAACGUUACUUCGACGACAACGAAAACGACGACACCGACGACGACAACGCCCUCGCCCCCGAACCCAUCGCUAACAAACUCGACGAAGUAGCCGUCAAAACAGAGCGCAAAAUGCGCUCCCUCAGCGAGCACGACCUCAAAAUGGAAGAGGCCAACCACGACGUUGACGAGCGGGUCCGCAGCGCAGCCGUGCUCGACCGCGAGCGCCAGCGAUCGCGCGAGUUUGAAUUACGCCGACUCGAGGCGUGUCGCGCCCUGGGAAUUCGACGCGUCAGUCCCGCUCCCGGCGUCACGUUGGGCGAGGACUCGGCUACUCAGACUCCUUGGAGCUCGUAUGUGCCUGGUGUUGGUGCUGGUGGGGGAAAUAACUCGAAUAAUGGUGUUGGUGGGAGUAAUAUUGGGAACGGGAAUGGGAAUAGCAAUGGGCAUCAUGGGCAUGGAAUUGGAAAUGGGGGGAUGGGAAUGGGCAUUGGCGGAGGUGGUGUACCUGGUGUUGCGUCGAGGACAGUGCCGAACUUUAGACAUGCUUCGCCUAGUACGUUGGAGUUGUUGAGGGCUGCUGCUGCGAGGAGGGGUUGA